AUGGGCAAGAAGGGCGGCUCCAGCGCAGGUGGGCGCGUGAAGAAGGAGACCAAGGGCGGCGCAGGCAAGCCCGCGGGCAAGCCGCCCCCGCGGGGCCUCGUCGAGCGGGCCCCCGUCAAGAAGGGCGGUAAAGCAGCGCACGGGACGCCCUCGAAGCAGAUCAAGCCGAACAAGUCCGCCGCCACGCGGACGAGGACGGACGGCGACGCCAUCGCGCAGCUGGACAAGACUCAAGCGGAGUACUCCGCGAAAAUCGCCAAGCGCUUGGAACAGGCGAAGAAGCUCGAGCGGCAGCUCAAGAUCAAAGAGCCCAGGCUCAUCCGCAAGAAGGGCGACCUCACGCGCGACGAGUACUUCUACGACUACGACAACGGGACGUACAACGUGGACUUCAUCGUGGCGUCCAAGACGACGUACCUGGUCAAGUGGACCGGGUACGAGAUCGACCCGCUGACGUGGGAGGACGAAGACGCGCUGGACAACACGACGCUGGUGCGGGACUUCGAGCGGCACUGUCGGCGCGGCUUCUACGAGCGGCAGAAGAUGGGCAACAGCGUGGUGCGCGUUGCGACCGCGGUGCCGCCGGCGUACGCGUCCGACGACGAGAGCGAGGUCAGCGAGGACGAGUGGGCGGCCAACGAGGACGCCCAGGACGGCCCCGCGGAGGAGGACGGCGGCGACGAGGAGGGGGGCACUCCCGGCUCGCGUCUGACCGAGGGCGCGGGGACGUCGAGCCCGGCGCACUCGACGCAGGAGGAGGAGCAGGACGAGGAGGAGGACGACAGCCAGGCGGACGGGACGCCGCGCAAGCGCCGCCUCACCCCGCUAGACGAUUUCGGGCUGGGCGCGAAGAAGCGCCGGGGCGCCGGGUCGCCCGGGGGCGUCGCGAGGCGGCUGUCGGGCCGCGGGAAGCAGUAG